AAUGGAAAUAAACAAAAAUAUUUGUGGUGAAGAAUUAAUAAAUUUCAUAUUUUUCUCAAUUUGUGUAUAUAUUUUCAAAUAAAAUUAGUGAAAUUACAGUGUUUGUUUUAGUAAAAUGGGUUUCCCACGUAUAUUAAGUAAAAAUAAUAAAAUUUACACAAAAUUGGGUGAAUUUUGUCUGUCAGGCGAUGCAAGCUUCUGGAUUGUUUGCCAAGUGUGCCAAGAAGAGUUACAGACACAAGAUCAAUUUUGGAAACACAUACAAGAUGAGCACAACUUUAUGCACGGUUUGGGUUUCAAACAGGAACAAACGCGUAAUUAUAUGGAGCCCGAGGCGGCAGCAACACACAUUAUGCCUUUGCCAUUAUAUCGUAAAGUUAAUGAAGAAGAACUACGCUCAAGUGGAGCACUUGAGCAUGGCGAUAAUUCGCAAGAGAAACAAGAACCAAAAGAUUAUACAGAAAUGCGCGCCAUUGAGCCGAAUGCAGUAGAAAUUGACAUAAAAGUUGAACCGCCUAGUAUUAGGCAUGCACUGGCAUUGGCACCGCCACCGCCAGUUACACACGCUGUACAUAGCGGCGGUGGUAGUGGUGGUGUUGUUGCUACAGGCGGUGGGGUUGUUGGUAUUAGUGGUGGCGGCGGCGGCGUUGCACAUCCAAACGUUGAGGUGAGCACAGCUGCACCAGCCUUAUAUCAACUGCCACAAGUGACACCAACAGUUAGUUCAUAUGGUACCACAAUUAUGCAUAGUGCAACACCAACACUAACACAUACAAUGGGUAUGCCGAAUGCAGUAGCGGCUGCGGCAUUAAUGGCACAGGAUAUGCCAAAAGAAUCGAAUAGCACAACGGCGAGCGCCAGUAGUGCAAUGUCAUCCGAGGAUGGCGAACGCUGGUACAUAUGCGACUACGAGACCUGCGGCUUAAAGUUCAAAUAUCAAUCACGAUUAGAAUUGCAUCGAGCAGUGCAUAGCAAAGAACGGCGUUUUGCUUGUGAAUUGUGUGGCGCUUCAUUCAAACAAUCGUGUAAUCUGUCAACACAUCGUAAAAAGAAACAUUUUCUUAAAGGUUCGAAAGGAUUAGUGCCGCAGCGUUUUUAAAACGUUAAACGUAACAAUACAAAUUGAUUUUAAGAUAUCUUUUGUUUCAUAUUUGUUUUUACUUCUUCUAAUUUCUUGUAAUUUCAGCGUCAGUUGCAAUAUAAAUUUUUUUUAGUAUCAAUAACAAAAAAACUAGUGUAGUUUAUAAGAAAAACUUAGUUAGUUUUGUUUAAGAUUAUGUUAAACACUUGGCAAUGACAAAGUGAGUGAAAUUGAAAAAAUAUAUAGCAAAUUAAUUAUUCUUAAAAUUUGUGCAAGUUCAAGUUUAGUCUUAAGCAAAAUUGUUUUAUUUUUCUGCUAGCAUUAAGCUAUUUCUUUUGAAAUACAUAUUUACAUAA